AUGAAUUCGGUGCCACCUCCCGUUGAACUCACGAUGGCGAACACUGCCGCACGCGCGAACAUUACUUCAAAUUGGCUUCUGGCGACAGAUCGGGGAAUCCUUUUUGGGUACUUGGAAAAGGAUGAUGACUCGGAAUACUCGGAAUAUUACGACCAAAAGCGGGCCGAACGAUAUCUUGACGACGACUCUGAGAAAAAGGUUCAAAAGCACAAUGAGAGCGAGGACGAAGAUGAUUUGGAUGCUUUCAUGGCCGGAAUCAACGCUCAGGCAGCGUCAGACCAAAAGGAAAGUCAGAAAAAAGAAGCUGCACGUGCGGCCGGCAAAGAGGAGGUAUUUCGUUCUUAUUGGCACUCAUAUUUGUUUCCGGUUGUGCAAAAAGCUGAACCGUUGGGACUCGAUGAAGAGGAUAUGCAGGAAAGCAUGAUGAAGUACCUCGCUGAUUACAAAGAAAAGGAAGCGGCACAGGAUGAAAUUCACGAGUAUGACGAGGACGGCAAAAUUAUCUUCACCUUCAAGAAGCAUAUAGACCCGUUGCCGAAGAUGGACCACGCGUCUGUCGCUUACAAGCCCUUCAAGAAGGAUUUCUACAAAGAACAUGAAGAAAUUAGCAAGAUGAACGUCUUCGAUGCCGGGCGUUUGCGCGAUAAACUCGAUUUGAAAGUGGCCGGCAACAACCCGCCUAAACCUGUCUGCAGUUUCGCGCAUUUUGGUUUUGACCAAAAGCUGAUGGCGUUUAUCCGAAAGUCCGAAUACGAACAGCCAACGCCUAUUCAAGCUCAGGCGGUACCCGCUGCGCUUGCCGGAAGGGAUGUGUUGGGUAUCGCGAAGACCGGAAGCGGUAAGACGGCAGCAUAUCUAUGGCCAGCUAUCGAGCAUAUCAAACAUCAACCGCCCUUGAAAGAAGGUGAUGGGCCCAUCGCUUUGGUCGUGGUGCCUACGAGAGAACUUGCGAUCCAGGUCUACCAGGAAGCCAAACGUUUCUGCAAGGCCCACGAUAUCAAUGUCAUUUGCGCGUACGGCGGCGGGAGCAAAUGGGAACAACAAAACGAGUUGCAAUCGCAAGGCGCUGAGCUUGUUGUCUGUACACCGGGACGUAUCAUCGACCUGGUCAAGAUCAAAGCAACAAAUUUGCAACGCGUCACUUUCCUGGUGUUUGAUGAAGCAGACAGAAUGUUUGAUCUUGGAUUUGAAGCUCAAGUUGCUUCGAUCUCCCAACACGUGCGCCCCGACCGUCAAACGUUGAUGUUCAGCGCAACUUUUAAACCUAAGGUGGAGCAUUUGGCUCGAGAUGCAUUGGCUGACCCCGUGCGAAUCGUCCAAGGAAACAUCGGCGAGGCGAAUGAGGAUGUCGAGCAAACGAUUCACGUCAUGAAAUCACCCGAGGUGAAAAUGAAGUGGCUCUGCGAUCAUCUUGUGCAGUUCUCUUCUGAAGGAAAGGUGCUCGUGUUUGUUACGAAGAAAACGGAUGCGGAAGAUUUGGCAGCCAGAUUGAGGACGCGAGAUUUCGAACUAGAGCUCCUGCAUGGUGAUAUGUUCCAACACGAAAGAAACGAACGCCUGGCACUUUUCCGCAAGAAGUGUAAGAUCUUGGUUGCCACUGACGUUGCUGCCCGUGGUCUGGACAUUCCUGAAAUCCGGACCGUGAUCAACUACGAUGCUGCCCGAGAUAUCGAUACUCAUGUUCAUCGAAUUGGUCGUACUGGCCGCGCAGGCCAAAAGGGAAGAGCCUUCACUUUGAUCCUCGAAGCAGACAGUGAAUUUUCGGCGCAACUUGUACAGAGCAUGGAAUCCGCUGGACGACAGGCCCCGCCAGCGCUUGUAGAGGUGGCAAGCAAAUGUCUGUGGUUCAAGAAUCAACGUGUGAACAAAGGACAAACUGGCCGCAUUGGGCUUGGCUUCGCCUCUUCGACCACGAGCGGAAGUUCGGGUGCAAACCCGUUAAAAAGUUAUAUCCCGUCCCAAAAGGCCGAAUACAUACGCCCAUCUACGGCGGAUCCUCCAUCUUCGUCCUCGGGUUCAUCCUCGGGAUCAUCGGGCGGCGCGAGCUCAACAAAGGAACCGGUGGCGUCUACUAGGCUGUCAAUGUUGAGAAACGCGUAUCAGAGCGCAUAUACGCAGAAGUUUCAACGCUCCCAAUUGCCCGAACCGGAGAAGGUUGUCACCGAUCCACGGCCGGAAUGGAAAAAGCGGCUCGAUGAUUUCAAAGCAAAGGUGGAACGGCAGGCGCCCCAUUCUUCCUCGAACUCUCACUCAAAUCGGCAU